CGCCCCCGCCGCGGCGGCGGGCGCCACUCGGCCGCCGGUGGCCUCGGCGGCGGCAGCGGCGGCAGGAUGCGGGCGGGCCGCGGCGCGGCGGGCGGGGAGGCAGCGGCCGAGGAGGAGGCGGCCGAUGGGGCCAAGCGCGGCGGGGCGGCGGCGGCGGGGCGGGCGAGGGGCCGCGGCGGGAAGGGGUCCCCGAACGGCGAGUGCCGUCGCGGGGAACCUCCGCGCAGCCCCGGCCCGGAGCCGCCCCGCGAGCCCAAGGUCUCCUUCUCCUGCGGCGGCGGCGGCGCAUCCCCCGGCGGGGCCAAGGCGGCCGAGGAGGGGGCGAGCGAGGAUGCGGCCGAGGAGGUCCGCGGGAGCCAGGCCAGCUUCAUGCAGCGGCAGUUCGGGGCGAUGCUCCAGCCCGGCGUCAACAAGUUCUCGCUGCGGAUGUUCGGCUCGCAGAAGGCGGUGGAGAGGGAGCAGGAGCGCGUCAAGUCGGCGGGGGCCUGGAUCAUCCAUCCCUACAGCGACUUCAGAUUUUACUGGGACUUCACGAUGCUGCUCUUCAUGGUCGGCAACCUGAUCAUCAUUCCCGUGGGCAUCACCUUCUUCAAGGAGGAGACCACGGCCCCCUGGAUCGUGUUCAACGUGGUCUCUGACACCUUCUUCCUGAUGGACCUGGUGCUGAACUUCCGCACAGGGAUUGUCAUUGAGGACAACACAGAGAUCAUCCUGGACCCCGAGAAGAUCAAGAAGAAGUACCUCAAGACCUGGUUUGUGGUGGAUUUUGUCUCCUCCAUCCCUGUGGACUACGUUUUCCUCAUCGUGGAGAAGGGCAUCGACUCGGAGGUCUAUAAGACGGCGCGCGCCCUGCGCAUCGUCCGGUUCACCAAGAUCCUCAGCCUCCUGCGGCUCCUGCGCCUCUCCCGCCUCAUCCGCUACAUCCACCAGUGGGAGGAGAUCUUCCACAUGACCUACGACCUGGCCAGCGCGGUGAUGAGGAUCAUCAACCUCAUCGGGAUGAUGCUGCUGCUCUGCCACUGGGACGGCUGCCUGCAGUUCCUGGUGCCCAUGCUGCAGGAUUUCCCCCAGAACUGCUGGGUCUCCAUCAACGGGAUGGUGAACGACUCCUGGAGUGAGCUGUACUCCUUCGCCCUCUUCAAGUCCAUGAGCCACAUGCUCUGCAUCGGCUACGGGAAGCAGGCGCCCGAGAGCAUGACGGACAUCUGGCUGACCAUGCUGAGCAUGAUCGUGGGGGCCACCUGCUACGCCAUGUUCAUUGGCCACGCCACCGCCCUCAUCCAGUCCCUGGACUCGUCCCGGCGCCAGUACCAGGAGAAGUACAAGCAGGUGGAGCAGUACAUGUCCUUCCACAAGCUGCCCGCUGACUUCCGCCAGAAGAUCCACGACUACUACGAGCAUCGCUACCAGGGCAAGAUGUUUGAUGAGGACAGCAUCCUGGGGGAGCUCAACGAGCCCCUGCGGGAGGAAAUCGUGAACUUCAACUGCCGCAAGCUGGUGGCCUCCAUGCCGCUGUUUGCCAACGCCGACCCCAACUUCGUCACGGCGAUGCUCACCAAGCUGAAGUUUGAGGUGUUCCAGCCGGGCGACUACAUCAUCCGAGAGGGCACCAUUGGCAAGAAGAUGUACUUCAUCCAGCACGGCGUGGUCAGCAUCCUCACCAAGGGCAACAAGGAGAUGAAACUCUCUGAUGGUUCCUACUUUGGGGAGAUCUGCUUGCUGACCCGUGGCCGGCGCACGGCCAGUGUCCGUGCAGACACCUACUGCCGCCUCUACUCGCUCUCAGUGGACAACUUCAACGAGGUGCUGGAGGAGUACCCCAUGAUGAGACGGGCCUUUGAGACUGUGGCCAUCGACCGUCUCGACCGCAUCGGGAAGAAGAACUCGAUCCUGCUCCACAAAGUGCAGCACGACCUCAACUCAGGUGUCUUCAACAACCAGGAGAACGAGAUCAUCCAGGAGAUCGUCAAGUACGACCGGGAGAUGGUGCAGCAGGCGGAGCUGCAGCAGCACACGGCCAUGUACAGCCCCGUCCAGCCCCAGGUCACCUCUGCCAUCGCCACCCUCCAGCAAGCCGUCGCCAUGAGCUUCUGCCCGCAGAUGGCCAGCCCGCUGGUGGGCUCCAUGGCGCUGGGCUCGCCCCGCAUGAUGCGCCGCUUGCAGUACGCCCAGGCCGUGCCCAGCCCCUUCGCCAUGUCCCCCGUCCUGCUGCAGCAGAGCCCCCCGCCGCAGCCGCAGCCCCCCGUGCCCCACGCCAACCCCUCGCCCUCGCAGGACCCGGCGCAGCCCACGGCCCUGCCCGCCUCCACCAGCGCCUUCGCCGCGGCCGCGGCCAGCCCGCCAUCCCAAAGCCCGCUGGCCAGCCGGACGUUCGCCUACGGAGGCGCCCCAGGGCCGCUGGGCUCGCAGCUGUCCCUCAGCCAGCAGCCAGCGCCCAGCUCGCCCCAGCGCCUGGCCGCCCACAAGAGCACACAGGCGCUGCACACCAGCAGCCUCAGCCAGGAUUCGCGGCCCCUCUCGGCCUCGCAGCCCUCGCUGCCCCACGGGCUGGCGGCCGGCAGCACCCAGAGCCCCCCGGCCUCUGCCCGCGAGUCCAGCACCUCCAUCGGGGGGGGCCCGGCUGCCGCCUCGCCGGGUCCCGGCCCUCCGGCCGGGCUGCGGGGCCCGGCACCCUCACGGGGGGCCCCGGCCCACCCGGCGCCCACGGGCUCGGGGCUGACACCGCCGCCCGCCCUGCCGCAGGACUCGGCGGCGGCCCGCAAGGAUUCGGCGUCCAGCACGCCCGACACGGACCCGGCCAAGUCCAGGCUGUCUUCCAACUUGUGACCUCCGCGCCAGGCACGGGGACACGCGGCGGCAGGGAGGGAGCCCCAAAUCACCCCGUGCCCGCCCUGUGCCGCCGGGUGAGGGCCACGGCCGCACCACCGGCGCCAGCCCCACUCCCCGGUCCCUCCUGCCGCCCGC